AUGGCUGGAUUCUUUCAACCUGUCCCAAAGCCGUCGACGGAGCUGGGCCGUCUCCGGGUUCUGUCAUCGAGUGCCGGCAUCCGAGUGUCUCCGUUGCAACUCGGCGCCAUGUCUUUAGGCUCAGCCUGGUCUCAGGCAACCGGUUCCAUCUCGAAGGAGCAAGUUUUCGAGCUCCUUGAUGCGUUUGUCGAGGCAGGAGGAAACUUUAUCGACCUUGCAAACAAUUACCACAACGAAGACUCCGAGAAGUGGAUUGGAGAAUGGAUGGCCGAGCGUCAGAACCGCGACAAAAUGGUCAUCGCCACCAAGUAUACCAUGGAUUAUGCGUCCUACCGACUCGGUGGACCCGGCGCGGCCCCAAAUCACACUGGAAACCACAAGCGUGCUAUGUAUAUGAGCCUGCGAGACUCCCUGGCCAAGCUUCAAACCGACUAUAUCGACAUCUUGUACCUUCACUGCUGGGACCAUACGACCUCUAUCAAAGAAAUCAUGGACUCGAUGCACUUUCUUGUGGCGGAGCGCAAGGUUCUCUAUCUGGGAGUCUCUGACACCCCGGCCUGGAUCGUCAGCGCCGCAAACGUCUACGCCACCGAGGGCGGCAAGACACCCUUCAGCAUCUACCAGGGACGUUGGAACAUCCUUGAGCGCGAUUUUGAGAGGGAAAUUAUACCCAUGGCAAGACACUUCGGCAUGGCUCUGGCUCCCUUCAGCGUCCUAGGAGGCGGUCGGCUCCAGUCAGCCCAGCAGCUCAAGCAGCGCAAGGAAAAACUCCGUGGUGCGCCUGAGCUCACAGAAGAGGAGACCCGCAUGAGUGAGGCGCUACUGAAGGUCGCUGGGCAGCAUGGAAUCGAGUCUGUCACGGCGGUUGCACUUGCCUAUGUCAUGCAGAAGGCGCCAAACGUCUUUCCUAUUGUUGGUUGCAGAAAGGUGGAGCAACUGAAAGAUAAUAUUCAGGCUCUCAGCAUUCGCUUGACGGACGAACAGAUUGCUUCUCUAGAGAGUGUUAAGAAGUUUGACCUAGGGUUUCCGUUGAGUUUCAUUGGAGAAGAUCCGAAUGUCACCGGACACAACUGGCUCCAGUCAACGUGGGCGAAUGUUGUCUUCCCAGCUGCUAUGAAACAUUGA